GACUCUGCUAAUGAAUUGUUGGAUCUGUUUCUUUUGUUUUUGUUUGUUUUUGUUUGCUGUGUUUAGACAUCAAAGGCAAUUUCUUUUUUUUUGAAUAGAGACAGUAGUUGCUCUGUGUCCUGUUUCUGAUCUGCCUCCUCUACUCCAGGCAAAUGUCGUCUACCAGCAUACUAGCGGACGGCCCGCCAGUGACCCCCGCGCCGGCUUCAUCUUCAUCAACCCUCUCAGCGCCGGUGAAAACACGUCAAUCGGUGCGCAUGAUAAGCGGAGUGCGCGUCGAUGUGGUGGUGUACAGUUUCGCAGACAAGAUCAUGGUGCUGGUGUCCCAGAACGGACGCCUGGGGAAAAUGUACUACGUUCCUCUUGCAUCAUCAGCUUCACUCAGCGCGUUCGCCUUCGGCUCGGGCACCAAUCCCGGCGGCGAGGACGAGUACUCGCUGCUGCCGCUCACGCACCUGACGCCGACGCCGGUGCUGGGAAGCUCGGCAGACGACGUCGAGGGACGGAUCUACGCGGUCCAGGUUGCGUCGCUGGUUAGCCGACAAAGCCCUGACGAGCGACGGACAGUGAUAGUGGGCAUGGCGGCGACUAAGCGAGAGGCUACUGAGGACCUGGACGAUGCGCAUCGCAGCCUGUUUCUGGACGUGCUAGCGAUGGUCGCGGAGUGCCGUGUGUGGUAGAGAGUUUGAGUACAUUGCUUGUAAAUAGAUCUAAAAACCGGCGUUCUAAUGGAGUUUCACUGUUUCUGUCCUGGACAAGAGCCCAAACGGGGAGGGGCGGUGCGCGCAGGCAGGUACAUCGACGGCCAGAAAGGGGAGCCAGGAUGAUAUUAGGAAGG